AUGAGCCACUACAAUGAUGACGAUGACUUGUUCGGGGACGAGAAAUUGCGCACCACCUCGUCUAGCUCAGUUCCCCGGACCCAUAGCACGGUGGUCGAUGACGAAGACUACUUCUACGAAAAAUUAGGUGGGUCGCUCUACGGAGGCCUGUCAUCGGCCAUGCUGCCGCCAGGGGGACUGAAUGUUCGUUUUGCAGAUGUUCCACUUUCUUCGUUCCAGGAAUAUCCGGAAAACGACUAUGAUAUUGAAUAUCCACCCACUGCCUAUAACAGAUAUAGUAAGGUCUCAGACAUGGACCAUGAGGGGUCACAAAUGGGUGUUCUGAUUAUGGGCGGUCCCAGUAUUAUGGGGGGCCGUCUUGAUGGCUCUGCACUCAUGGGACCUCCCGUCGAUGGGGGAAUGACGUCCACUCUCCAUACAGACAACUACAACGUCAAUCUUUUAGAGGAGGCCGAAGACACAAUGGAUCCGUUUGGUGAAGACGACUCGCUUUUUUCUGAUACUGGAGAGGAGCCCAUGCGCCGUGCCACCACUCUCCGCCGUAGACCUGUUCAGCAGGACGAUGAAGACGAUGAUUUUACUCCUCGUCUCAACUACACCAAGACGCUCAAAAGGGCCAAGUUAGUACACGGAAACUACAUCAUUGAUGCUCCAGUUCCAAAUGCUUUGCUCAAUGCCUACACAAGACCGCACUUUGGAGACAGUAACGAAACGUCUUUCGUGAGAUAUUCCGGUGUGACCUGUGGACCAUCCAACUUUAUUAAGUUCAACUAUUCGCUCCGUCAGACUAUGUACUCACCACCACGUGCAACGGAAAUCCUUGUGUGUAUCACCAUGUAUAACGAAGAUGAUGUUCUUUUAGGCAGAACUCUCAAAGGUGUGUUCGACAACAUCAAGAAUCUCACAAACAGAACAGACCCAGCAUGGGGAGAAGGCUCUUGGAAGAAGGUCACGGUAGUGAUUGUCAACGAUGGACGUCUUCAGCUCCACGAGAGAACACAGAAACUUCUUACUGCAUUGGGAAUUUUCCAGGAAGGUUAUGCUAAGUCGAAGGUCAACGACAAUGCAGUCAAGGCACAUCUUUACGAAUACACUACCACUGUGGGAAUUGAGCGAGUCACCAAAGACCGUGUCUCUUUGACAGUCGGCCUGACGCCUGCGCAGCUCAUUUUCUGCUUGAAGGAGAAGAAUGCAAGAAAAAUUAACUCGCAUAGAUGGUGCUUCCAGGCUAUUGCUCCUUUGCUCGACCCCAAAGUUAUCAUGUUGCUCGACUGUGGUACCAAACCCGCGAAGGAUGCCUUCUAUCACUUGUGGAAUUCAUUCAAAGACCCCAAUGUUGCUGGUGCAUGUGGAGAAAUGCGUGUGGCUUUGGGUCCUGGAAAGCAACUCUUACUGAACCCAUUAGUUGCUGCUCAGAACUUUGAGUAUAAGAUUUCCAAUGUUUUGGAUAAGCCUAUGGAGUCUGUAUUUGGAUUCAUUAGUGUGCUACCGGGUGCCUUUUCGGCUUACCGAUGGCAUGCCUUGCUCAAUGUGGACGGUAAAGGUCCCCUCGAGAAGUAUUUCAAGGGUGAGUUUCUUCACCAGAAUGCUGAGCUCGACAAGGAAGAUGAUGAGUAUGAACUCAAGGAGAAGAAUUUCGAAGAAUCCGGCAUUUUCACUUCCAACAUGUACUUGGCUGAGGACAGAAUUUUGUGUUUCGAGUUGGUGGCCAAGAGAGAUAAAAACUACGUGUUGCGUUAUGUGAGUUCCGCCACAGCUGAGACAGAUGUCCCAGAGAGGAUCGAUGACUUUGUGUUGCAACGUCGUCGUUGGCUUAAUGGUUCCUUAUUUGCAGCCAUGUACUCGAUUUUCCACUGGACCGCUAUCUGGAGAUCCAACCACUCCCUUUUGCGGAAGCUUUGGCUCCAGGUGGAGUUCUACUACCAAACUGUGACCGUUUUGGUCUCAUGGUUUUCUCUCUCGUCUUUCUUCUUGGUGUUCCGUAUCUUGACUCGUAACUUGGGAUCUUCGGAGGUGGGUUUCACUUUGGGAAAAUAUCUUUCUGCUGCGUUCUUGUGGGUAUACGUUGGAUGUGUGAUUUGUACCUUUGUUUUGGCUUUUGGCAAUACUCCUCGUGGCACACGGAAGUUCUAUUUCUCCAUCACAGUUAUCUAUGCUAUUCUCAUGGUGUACUUGACUUUUGCUGCAGUUUACUUGGCAGUCAACACCGUGAAGCUUGUGUUGAAAUCGUCUAACGGCCAUUUCACGGCAUCCAUGCUUUUAACCAACGAGAAGUUUAGAGAUCUUGUGGUUUCCAUGCUCAGUACUUACCUACUCUAUGCCAUGGGAGCCAUUAUCCACGGUGAGCCUUCGUUCAUGGUGACGUCGUUUGCCCAGUAUCUUUUGCUUUCUCCAUCAUACAUCAAUGUGUUGAACAUCUAUUCGUUCUGUAACAUUCAUGAUGUUUCGUGGGGAAACAGAGAUGUUCCACAGGCUCGUGACUUGGGUACUGCCAAGGUUUCUGAUGAGAACGGACAAUUGGUGAUGACGGUGGUUCCAGGAUCAGAUGAAGAGCUCGAAGAGGCAUAUUUGAACACAUUGGAGGAAUUGAAGAUUCCUGCUCUGCCUGAGUUGAAGAUCAAGAAGAAGAAGCUGGAGGACGAUUCUUACUACGCUUUUAUUCGUACCGUGACGGUGUUGAGUUGGAUGUUUACCAAUGCGAUUUUGGUGGGUAUUGUUUUGGCCACUGGAGGAAGCCGGAACAACACGUGGAACGAUUACAGAAACUCCACCAUCUUUUUAACGGUGAUUUUGUGGGUUGUGUGUGCAUUGGCAGCAUGCCGUCUUAUUGGCAGUGUUUUGUAUGUCUUGCAGAGGAUGAUUCGUCCCAUCAAGUGGAAGAUACAAAGCAGAAAGUCGGUUUAA